AUGGCCCAAGUUGACAACGAAGUCAAGGGCAAGCUCGUCCUCAUCACAGGCGCUUCCGGAGGCAUCGGCGCCGCCAUAGCCCGUCGCCUCUGGUCUCUCGGAGCCCACCUCGCCAUCACCUAUUCUUCUUCACCCGAGAAGCUCAAUGCCCUGGAGGGACAACUUUACGCAGCCUUCUCCAACGGCCAAACCGCCCACGACUCAGCCCUUUCCCUUGGACGUGCGUCCGCCAACCCCAACCCCCUUCCGAUGUCGACACACAGAUGCGACCUGUCCUCGCCAACAGACAUCCAACUCCUCUUCGCCCAGCUCCAGGACCUGCACGGCCAACCCGGCCCCGACAUUCUCAUCAGCAACGCCGGCUACGGCAAACGCAUCCCCAGCAUUCUGGACAUCUCCCUCGACGAAUUCGACAAGAUGCUAAGCAUCAACCUCCGCUCGUCCUUCCUCCUCUGCAAACUGGCCCUCCCGCAUAUGAUCCAGCGCAACUGGGGCCGCAUCAUCUUCGUCUCUUCCAUUGCCGCUCAAGGUGGUGGCAUCAACGGGUGUCAUUACGCUGCUUCCAAGGCUGGGUUGCAAGGGUUGAUGAAGAACCUGGCGAGGAAGCAUGCGGGGCAGGGCAUCACGGUUAAUGAUGUCGCGCCGGCCAUGAUUGGGGAGACGGGCAUGAUUCCGGAUGCAAAGUUUGUGGAGGGGACGCCGGGAGAUGUGAAGAAUAUCCCCGUUGGAAGGCUGGGGACGACGGAGGAGGUGGGGAAUGUGGUGGAGAUGUUGGUGAAGACGGGGUACAUGACGGGGCAGAGUGUGUUGUUGAGUGGGGGGUUGAUGUAGGUAGGUGGGGGUAAGUAUUUGUUUUGGUUGUGAUGUUGGGGUUGGUGUUUUAGUGUUUUGGGGGUUUCGGCGGCUCAAUGAUGUUAUGAUGAAUGGUAAUGAGAGCAUGAUGUCUUCAUUCCUCUUUAUGCUUCUGUUUAUUUUUCGGUCAGUGCCGUCAGUGCAAACGAACUUGAAUUCAGUUUAUCUCCUGUUCUUCUCUUCCCCUCUUCCCCUCUUCCCCUCUUUCUACUCCCAUCACACCCAUCCCGUCAUCAGCCCUACGACCGCCUAGGAUAAACCUCCCCAGCAACAAUCGCCUUCACCUUUGCUCCCUUCCUAUCCCCCAUGUUCCUCCCAUCCAUAUCCCCCACUCUAUAAACCUUCGGACUCACACACAAGUCAACCUCCACCUCCACCCCCCUUCUCCCACCAAAAGAAUCGCCGUCUUCGCAAUCCACCCACCCUGACUCCGUGCCAAUCUUCACUUG